GGUUGGCCAGAGAACCAGUUAGACGUGUCUGACUACAGCUCCAGUUAUCAAGAUGUAGCCUGUUAUGGAACUUUACCCAGGGAUUCACCUAGAAGGAGCAAAGAAGGUUGUACAUCCGAGAAUCCUCAUGCCUUAACAGUCAGCCCUUUUAAAGCAUUCUCUCCUCAGCCACCAAAGUUUUUCAAACCCCUAAUGCCUGUAAAAGAGGAGCAUAAGAAAAGGAUAGCUCUUGAAGCAAGACCUCUUCUAAGCCAAGAGAUUCUGAAGUUAAUCUACCUAGAGGAAUUGCAGUUACUUGCAGAUUCUGAGGAGGAGGAAAAUGAGCUGGAAGCUAUUAACAGGAAGCUGAUAAGUUCACAGCCCUAUAUACCUGUGGAGUUUGCUGACUUCAGUGUUUACAAUGCCAGCUUGGAGAACAGGGAAUGGUUUUCUUCUAAAGUGGAUCUGACAAACUCACGAGUCUUAGAGAAAGACGUGUCUCGUAGCCCUACCACCAGCAGUAUUACCAGUGGCUACUUUUCCCACAGCGCCUCCAAUGCCACGCUGUCUGACAUGGUGGUCCCUACUAGCGACAGCUCAGACCAGCUAGCCAUUCAGACAAAGGACUCAGACUCCAGUGAGCAUUCUGGACCAUCACUUGUGCAAGAUUUCAAACCAUCCUCAAACAAAGAGUUGACGGAAGAAGAAAGAGGCUUGGGAAAGGAUAAAAUAAUCAUGGUGCCACUCAAGGAAAACAGUGCCUUAGCCAAAGGGAGCCCAUCAUCUGAGAACAUCCCUGAGAAAAACUCCAAAAUGCUGUGUAGGACUGGUUCAUGUUCAGAACUGGAUGCCUGCCCCAGCAAAAAUGGCCAGCUGGCCAGAGAAUUCUGCCCCAGGGAAGUGACUAUAGAACAUACCACAGACAUCCUUGAGGAUCAUUCCUUCACAGAGUUCAUGGGUGUGUCAGAUGGAAAAGAUUUUGACAGUUUAACAGAUUGUUCUGCUGAAGAGCCCUCCAAUAGGAGGAACUCACCAAAUAAAACAGACAGUAGGAGGGUUCCGGGUGAGUCACAGGACUCUGACCAGCUGCAUGGCAAUUUAGAGAAUGACCAGGGGAGCACAGACACACGGUGAGAGGCAGCAAGCACACCCUUUGCUGACCACAGCUAAACAGCUUUUUUCACCUGGUCGCCGUGGGAAGGCACCACCCCAUCUGAAGACACUCUGCGACCUAGCCAACCUCAGACCAGCAUGGGGGAGCCAUGUUUUUCCCCUCCUCAGCUGGAGAAGUAGCACUUUGUCACCAGGGUGAAUUGCAUCCUCUGCUUUAUUCUAGAAAGCAAGAGAACUGAAAUCCUGGACUGAGUGACAGUAUUUUUGUUUGCACUUCCUACACAUCCCCACUGUGUAGAGACCUUUGCAGAUACAACCAACCUUUAUUCUUGUACAGUUUUAAUGAGUUCUUAUGGUAGAAUCUGGAGGCAAUGCUCUAAUUUGUUUUUUAUAAAUAAUAUAUAUAUAUUAUGUAUAUGAAAUGUGUAUCUAUAGUGUGUCUGUUCAGAGACAGGCUGCACACUAAAAUGCAGAUAAAGGUGAUUUGUAGAAAAUUAUAAGGUACUGGACUUUGUUACAAAGCAACUUGGGCAAUUGCUUUUACAUGAGAUGAAAAAUAUUUUAUUGCCUAAGAAUGAAUUUGCAAACUCUCUUCACAGAAAAGGUUACACAGAUGCUGUUCUUUAUAACCAAAGAACUUACACGAGACUGAACAUCUUUGGUGUCCACUCUUGUUUAUGUGAGCAUAUAUAUUUGACUACAAGUUUGGUGCCAUAUUUCCCUUGGCUACCAAGGCACGUGCUGUCCUUCUCUGUCCUCCGUUCAUUAAGCACACUGAGAAAUCUCACAACUAUAUUCUUUGGUCUUCCACCUGGCCCAACACCUGCUGACUUGACAUUGUAUUGUAAAACUGUUGACAAUGACUGGGGCUCUGACUCCAGCCCAGCAUUUCCUAUACCUUGGUUCAGCCUAGCCAGCCAGGUGCAAAGUAGAGAGAGCAGUAUUACAGUAAGCAAAAACAAGGGUGUACCAAGAGUUGGGAUUGGGUGCUAGAGAAAGGGGUGUUGAUUUGGGUUUGUUUGUUUGUUUGUUUGUUUUGGAUUAGUGGAAUUACGUGGUUUUGCUUGAUUCUGAAAAAUGCAGAAGAGAUGAACUGAUCAGGUUCAUCACAGGUUCACACUUCCCCGUAUGUGCAGAUGAUUGAAUAUAGACGACUCGGCUGUUGUGUCAUUUGUAAAAUUCUCCUGUGAGUGGAGACAUUGUAGAAUUAUGUGUGUGGAAAUUUUUACAAAAAUACUUUCUGUACCUUAUCUGUAGAUGCCUGUACAAUUGGUCUGUAUGUACAGCUAUAAACGUGUUGUGAGAGAAGAGCGAGAGAAUGUGUACAGCCUGCUGUACUUUUUGUUUCUAGCAUUGUUAAAUGAGUAAGAUAUUAGAAACUUUAUUGAAAAGCUGCUGUUCAUAAUUUUUGUGUAUAGUGAGCUGACUGUAGUAUUUUACUAUUGUCUGUUAAAAAAAAAAGAAAAACUGUAAUUUAUAUCCCCUUUCAAUUUUAUUGUAUU